AUGCCUACUGGUGAUGAUACUGGUGCUGUUAUUACUUCUGUGAUGAAUUCGGUACCUUCUCAGGAGCCGACUUCGAUUCCUUAUGGUGUAAAAUUGAAUGAUUUUUUUUUUACUCUUUGGUCUCAAAUUGUAUCUAUGUUUAUCUCAAGUAGAGGCAAAAAUGGACAUUUAACUGGUUCUACCAAACAACCCACUGAAGGUGAAUCUCCAUAUGAUGAAUGGUGUAUCAAAGAUUCUCUUGUAAAAGGUUGGCUUGUUGGUGCUAUGGAUCCAGAAUUAAUGAAUGUAUUCAUUCGUUUACCGACUGCAAAAGAUGUUUGGGACGCAGUGAAACAUCGAUAUUAUGAAGGGGCUGAUAAAUCAAUUCUUUAUGAUUUAUCUCAAAAGGCUAUGCCAACAAAGCAAGCAGGUCGACCCGUGGCUACUUUUUAUUCUGAUCUUACGAUUAUUUGGCAAGAGCUUGAUUAUCAUAAACCAAUUACUUUUACCCAAGCAGAUGUAAUUAAAUUCGCAAAGAAGAGAUUGAUGAAGAGCGAAGGAGAAAUACUUCGUAGUACUCCAUUACCUGGACCCGAAAUGGUUUUUUCUAUUAUGAGGCGUGAAGAACAACGUCGUAGUACCAUGAUGAAUCAAGUUGUUUCCCCUCAAAUAGCAAUGACGUUAAACAAGUUUGGGAAUUUUUCGCAACAAUCUUCAUCACAAAAUACUGGUGGAAAAUGUACUUAUUGUGGAAAUGGUAAGCACACUGUCGAAAACUUCUUUAAGAAGAAUGGUUAUCCUGAGUGGUGGAAUACUCGAUCAAAAACCGAAAAAGGAAAAGCCAAAGCAGCUAUCUGUAAUAUUGGCCUAGCUCUAAUAGCUGCUAACUCAAACAAGGAUCAUGGUUGGAUUCUUGAUUCUGGUGCCACUAAUCAUAUGACAUUUGAAGCAUCUAUUUUGAAAGAUGUAUGCCCACCUGAUUGUUCAACGGUCUAUAAUGCCAAUGGAGUUCCAUACCCGGUUACUGGAGCUGGGAGAGUUGAUUUGAAUUCUUCCUUAACUUUAAAACAUACUUUGCUGAUUCCUUCCCUUUCUAACAAUCUUUUAUCAGUAUCACAACAUUUAUUUCAACCUCUAUUUUCGGGCCGCAAACCUUCUGAUUUUAAUUAUGAAACUUGCAUCUUAGCAAAAAGUCAUCGUACUACUUAUCCUGAUAGUUUUAGCAGAAGAUUAGUCCCAUUUGCUUUGGUUCAUUCUGAUGUUUGGGGUCCCUGUCGAAUUACUAGUAAUUCAGGAUUUCGUUGGUUUGUUCUUUUUGUCGAUGAUUGCACUCGUAUGACCUGGCUUUAUUUGAUGAAAAAUAAAAGUAAUGUUGCCGGUAUUUUCAAAUCUUUUCAUAUUAUGAUUCAAGCAAAAUUUUCUACCACUCUAAAAGUCCUUAGUUCGGAUAAUGGUGGAGAAUAUAUCAAUGAAACUUUACAGGGUUAUUUUCAGGAGUAUGGUUUAAUUCAUGAAACUACUUGUCCUUCUACGCCACAACAAAAUAGUGUUGCGGAAAGGAAGAAUAUGCAAUUACUUGAGAUUACUAGAGCUUGUUUAAUUGGAGCAAACAUGAAGCCACAUUUCUGGGAAGAAGCUAUCAAUAAUGCAGUGUAUCUUUUUAAUCGUGUACCCACUAGUGUUUUGAAAUUUCAAACACCUUUAGAUAAAUUGGCUUCGUUUGUGGCAGUUCCUUCUCAACUUAAGCUUCCUCCAUGA